AUGUCAAGUCCAGACGAGGGUGCGAUUUCUCUCGAUGCUCAGCAUGACAAGUACGUGGGGCUUAUGCUGGCCGUGUCCUCAUCACUUAUGAUCGGGAUCUCCUUCGUCAUCACCAAGAAGGGUCUUAUCGACUCGACCGCCAGGCAUGGAAGCCACGGUUCGGCCUCGGAUCAGUACCUUUUUCUCAAAAACCCCAUCUGGCUCCUUGGCAUGCUCACCAUGGCUGCGGGUGAGAUCGCCAACUUUGCAGCAUAUUCGUUUGCGCCGGCCAUCCUAGUAACACCGCUAGGCGCACUGAGCGUCAUCAUUGGAGCCGUUCUCGCUUCCUUUUUCCUCAAUGAGAAACUCGGUAUCGUGGGCAAGGUUGGAUGCGCACUUUGUUUGAUUGGAUCCGUCGUGAUCGUCCUACACGCACCUGAGGACAAGGACAUCAACUCAGUUGAUGAGAUCCUGAACUAUGCUAUUCAGCCUGCAUUCAUGAUGUACAGCUUAUUUGUGCUGGGGUUCUCGACGUUUAUGAUCUACAAGGUCGUACCGAAGUGGGGCAACCGGACACCAGUGGUCAAUAUCUCGAUCUGUUCAUUUGUGGGUUCGAUUACUGUCAUGGCCUCUAAGGGAUUCGGCAUUGCGCUUAAGUUGACAUUUGCAGGCUCAAAUCAGCUGACGCAUCCGUCAACCUACGUGUUUGCGAUCCUCGUGGGCGUGUGCAUUGUCGUCCAGAUGAACUACUUCAACAAGGCGCUCGAUAUUUUUUCGACGAAUGUUGUCAUGCCGAUCUACUAUGUGAUGUUUACGACGGCGACGAUCACGGCUUCUGUCAUCCUCUUCCAGGGAUUCAACACAACCUCGACUGUGAACGUCGUAUCCCUUUUCUGUGGAUUCGGAACCAUCUUCUCAGGAGUGUUGCUGUUGAACAAUGCGCAGCACCCAGUGGUGGAGUCACAUGGAAAGCCUGGAUCGAGUAUCACAAAUGGCGCAGGCGGGCAUGGAUUUGCAGAUAGGAGAGCGUCGCGUGAAUCGACGAUGCUGAAUGCGUUCGAUGAGGAGAGUCUGGGACUGACACAGCUGAGGGAGGAGGAUGAGGAUGAUGACGAUCUGACGGAAGAUGAGGAUAGGAGGGUAAGAAUGCCCGGCGGACAUUCUCAUCUGCAUUAA